AUGCCGCCCAGGAAGAAGCCGGUCGUGUAUGAGGAGGAUUCGGAGGAAGAAGUCAGUGUCGAAGAGCAGUCUGAGGCCGCAGAAGACGAUGAGCUUGCAAUGGACGUAGACGAGGAGGAUGUGGCGGAAGGCGAGGAUGCAGACGGAGAUGCGGAUGACGUCGACGUGGUCGGCGACGGUGAUGACGAUGAGAAUGAGGAAGAGGAUGCGGAGGACGAGCUCAUCGACGACGACGAGGAAGGUUCGACCUCCUCUCCUGCACCUCAAGCAUCGUCCUCGCGCUCUCAGCCUCGGCUCAAAAUUAGGCUCAAACUCCCUCAAGGUGUCUCCAAUGAUACACCUCGUAGUUCACGUCGGAAAGCUGCUGCAGCCGCUACUCGAGUGACCACCCUCAACCCCUCUCCAGGUAGUGACAUAGAAUCGGAGGAUGACGAGGACGACGAGGAAGAGGAAGACGAAACAUCGACACGUUCCGCUUCCAUUGCUGGGGCCGUACUCCGUAACGUCGUCGAUCCGUCCCACGUCUCUCUCAACGAGCCUGCCAACUCGCGCAAGAAAAAGCCCUUGACCGAGAUUGAGAUUGCCCUCAAGCGCGAAGAGACUGCACGGAAGCGGAGGAACCUGACGGAGAAGAAGUUGGAAGAUGAGAAGCUGGAGACUAUCAACCGGCUGCUCAAGAAGCAGUCCCGCGCGCGAGGCAAGCGCAACGCCCUGUCAACAGCGGAGGACCGUCCUGGACCGGGUGAGGGAGGCGAGGGCGAAGAAGAUGAGACCCCCGAAGCCCUCGCGCCUCCGCCCACAAUGUACAGAUGGGUGUCGAGCGCGCGCCUGAAGCCCAAGCCAGAGGGUGAAGAGAAGACGGACGCCCUGGAAGAGCGCGCCAUGAAGCUCUCCUUCUCGGUGCCGGUGACAGUCAUACCACUCCCCGAAAGCCAGGCAGAUGCGGACGGGAUGCGGGUCGAUGCGCCCCCUGCAGCUGCGAUCCCUCCAUACCCUCCUCGGUUGCCCCCUGCUGAGUUGCCUAGGUGCGACGUCGAAGGGUGUUCUUCUCUGAGAAAGUACCGCCUGGUUCGCAACUUUGACAAGGGGGCCUGCGGGAUGGGACAUCUCAAGGUUCUUGAGGCUCAAGUCGUCUGA